CUCGAUCAUGCCAGCAUCUCCCGUGCACCACACGCGCUUCCGGCUGCCAGCCUUGACCAGCGUUCAAAAGGAGCACUUUCGUCGGCUCGCCACGGGACUGCUGGACCAGGCGGUGGAGGAAACGGAGCUCCUUUCGACGACAUUCAACAUGGACCAAGACCACAACGACUACUGGAAACACGUGCGCAGCCACCACGGCCUCAAACUGUACAAAGCCGCUAAACCAGCCAACGGCAGUCCUUCCGCAGACCUCAUGAUGACGGGUAUCGUCCAAGGCUCGCUGGACGACGUCAUGACGAGCGUGUAUGCUGACACAACCGCCAUGUUUCAAAUGCAGUCGGCACUCAGUAUGCCAAAAGAUCACCUGGACUGCGAAAUCCUCCACGCGAUCGACACCACUAGCUCGACCCAUCCCCACCACCCGUAUUACUUUCGAGGGUUGAAGUGGUGUGCGACCAACUGGCCCGGGCGCACAUUAAGCAAACCGCGCGACUUUUGCUACUUUGAAGCCACGGGCGUCAGUACAUCUAGUAUUACUACUAGUACUACCAACAACAACACCGACGACACGACCUUUGGGUACUGUCUCAUGGAAUCGUUCGACUUGGCGCACUGCCAGUCGUUGGACGCGCUCUCGAUCGUGCGAGGCAAGCUGUCCAUCCGCCACAUCUUCAAGCAGCUGCCCAUCGGAUGCGUCCUCGUCACCACACACUGCUCCAUCGACGCAUGCAUGGGCGGGCCUCUGUCUUCGUGGAUGCGCGACGGCAGCGGCAGCUCGCUGCCCCACUUGCUGGCGCUGUCCCGCGCCGCCGACAUCGCCGAGUCCGUCCGAUUGUCCAUGCAACUGCGGCAACAUGCCGGCGGGUGCCUUUCUCCGUCUCGGUCCUUUGCGGGCAUGUUCCACGGAUCGUCAUCGUCGUCCGCGUGCAGCUUGUGCCAGCGCCACCAGCGCACAAACAACAUGGCACGGAAGCGUAUCGUGGAACCGUCAUAUGGUCAGCACAUUCGCACGUCCAAGCGGCCGUUCUGCGAAGAGUGUUUGCGAACUGAUCAUCACUCGCUCACACGUCCAGAUAACAUCACUUGCACCACACAACAAGCCACACAGACCCUCCGCGAAGGCCAGCAGGUCAAUCAAGCGCUUCCGUCCCGCCGCCAUCACCAACAACAUGCAGCCGCGACGGACCUUCCGCCGACAAAGGUCGUGCCUAUGCUAGACCUUGACUACAAUUCCCACGAUGACGAGUUUGAUGAUGAUGACGGCGAGGCGUCAGUGUACAGCGGUAUUGACAUUCGGUCCACGGUGCAAUCGCAUUUUGAUAUUUAUGAGAGCGAAGACGAAGGCGAUGACGUGGAAGAAGCAGGGACGCCCAUCAUGAGGGCCAGAAGGACCCAUGCCGACCGAACGUGCUCCCAGCUCGCGCACUUGACGGCGAAAAUGGACGACACGCUGCGUCUGCUCCGACGGAAUAAGACCCACGUUGACUUUUGCCGAAGCCACGGCCGCGUCGAAGUGUUAUGACGAGAUGAAAUGCUUUAAUAUACUGGCCAUAUUUACACGGAAACAAGUCGUGAUUGC